CGGCGGCCGAAGGAGUCCGUGUUUUUACGGGAGUGAUUCCCUCCCCUCCCCCACAUCCCAGUCUUUCCGAUUUGUUACCAUCUCGAUGUCGAUAUCCCCCUCUCGACUUCCCCACCUCCUUCCCCCCUCCCGACAACACAAUCGGGCCGUUUUGUGAUUGCUGCUGAGGAGCGAGACUGUUUCCAGAGGAAGGCUGGCCUAGGUUAAUGUUUCUUCACGAGAGACCCAUGGUUAGUUUUCAAGAUAGACCGGUUAAAGAACUAUGCUGCCAAACUACUAACUGUCCCAACUGGCCUGAACAAGACGAUUCACAAACCACUGAUUGGCUCCUGGAAAGCCAGAACAAAAACUAUUAGCGAUCCAUAAUAAUCCAAAAUCGAUCUGUCUUCCAGUCGGCAAAGAAUCUGUAACAAUGGACACAGAAUCCACAUAUUCUGGAUAUUCCUAUUAUUCAGGCCGCUCCAAGAGUUCUCACAGACAUGGUGAAAGGAGCCGGGAUCGGCAAAGAUCCAGAAACAAAGAUAGUAGCCGGUCUGAGAAAUCUGUUACCAUCCAAACGCCACCAGCAGAGCCUCUGCUUGGCAAUGAGUCAACUCGCGGAGAUGAGACAGUACAGGAUGAUAACUGGGGGGAAACCACAACAGCCAUCACUGGGACGUCCGAACACAGUAUAUCGCAGGAAGAUAUUGCAAGGAUCACAAAGGAUGUGGAUGAUACUGGGCUAGACUGUACCCGACACUUAGGAAUAGCCAUUGCUGCUGUGCUUGGAGUAUUGGUCUUUUUAACUCCCAUUGCCUUUAUGGUUCUGCCUCAAGUUCUUUGGCGUGAAGUACUUGAACCUUGUGGUACUGUAUGUGAAGGGCUAUUCAUCUCUGUUGCCUUCAAGCUUCUCAUCCUUCUCAUUGGAACGUGGGCACUCUUCUUCCGCAAACCAAAGGCACAGAUGCCACGUGUUUUUGUGUUUCGGGCACUCCUGAUGGUGCUAAUAUUCGUAUUUGUGGUUUCUUAUUGGCUUUUCUACGGAGUACGCAUUCUGGACUCAAGAGAUACAAAUUACCAAGGAAUUGUUCAGUAUGCAGUUUCACUGGUAGAUGCCCUCUUGUUUAUCCACUACCUGGCAAUCGUACUUCUGGAAUUGCGUCAGCUGCAACCCAUGUUCACUGUGAAAGUGACCCGAUCAACUGAUGGUGAAUCUCAUUUCUACAGUGUAGGUGUACUGAGUAUCCAACGAGCUGCCCUUGUCAUUCUGGAGAAUUACUACAAGGAUUUCACUGUCCACAACCCAGCACUCUUGACUGCUGCAAAAUCUCGUGCAGCCAAACAUAUGGCUGGACUGAAAGUCUACAAUGUGGAUGGUCCUGGAAACAAUGCAGCUGGACAGUCUCGUGCAAUGAUUGCCGCAGCAGCGAGAAGGCGUGAUUCAAGUCACAAUGAGCUGUACUAUGAGGAAGCAGAACAUGAUCGGAGGGUGAGGAAGCGGCGUGCAAGGUUAGUAGUAGCAGUUGAAGAGGCUUUUACUCACAUUCGGCGGCUUCAGGAUGAUGAGCAGCAGAAAGCUCCUGGAGAGGUGAUGGAUCCUCUGAAUGCAGCACAGUCUAUCUUCCCUUCAAUGGCGAGAGCAUUACAGAAGUAUCUCCGUACCACCAGACAGCAGCACUACCAUACCAUGGAAAGCAUCCUGCAACACCUGGCAUUCUGUGUCACCAACAACAUGACCCCAAAGGCCUUUUUGGAGCGUUAUCUGAACCCAGGACCUACCCUCCAGUAUGAUAAGAACAGAUGGUUGGCCAGUCAGUGGACAUUGAGUAGCGAAGAGGCUGUGACCAAUGGCCUGAAGGAUGGCUUGGUUUUCACUCUGAAAUGUCUUGACUUCAGCCUGAUAGUCGUAGUGAAAAAAAUCCCUUUCAUCAAACUCUCUGAGGAGUUCAUUGAUCCAAAAUCUCACAAGUUUGUACUGCGUCUUCAGUCUGAGACAUCAGUGUAAACGAUUCAUGGCAAGGACAAACAUGGCAGAUCAGUCAGAUAAUCCAACUGCACUUUGGAUGGGGAAGGGUUUUAUAUUUUGACCAUGUUUAGAUUUCUUUUCCUAAAUGCUGGAGACCUAAACUUUCUGGUAUAAAUCUUCAAGAAAAGGUACUCCACCUAUCAUGUGCUUGCCUCUUUUACCCUAAUUGAUGGGAACUGUAUCAGCCUACUCCCAGAUACCAGCAUUAUAGCAAUGGACCUCUAGAAACUGAACAUUUUCUGUAUUGAGAGAAAUGCACUGUCUUUCUACUUGUUUCUAGAGACUCAGUUCUUUGUAUGUAGACCAUCUUGCCCUCUGGAGAAAGUUCUUUGGAAGCUCUGUGUGUGUGUGUUUCUAGAGAUUUGGGCCUUCAUUUGAAGAGACUGGUGACACUGGCUAUAGAUGGUGAUUUCUAGCAAACUGUUCUGCAAAUGAAGAUGUAGAUAAGUCCCAUCUUUUCAGUCCUAGUGUUCUAGAAAACCAGCUUUUCCCAGAUGAUAUGCUUGGAAGAUUUGGUUCACCAAUGUAGACUUGCACAGUGUAAGCAUUGUUACAAUAGAUAGUGUUUAUCCAAUAUGUGGAGUUUAUGUAGAUGUAUUACCUUAGGCAGGUAAUGUAAAGAUAGGGAAGAAAUUCCCUUUCAACCCACUGACCCCUUCCCCAAAACUAACACUAAAUUGGAAAUAAUCUCAGUUACAUCACUUUGAGGGCUUGGGAAGUGCUUGAAUAAAGCAACACUUAAGAUGUGUUUGGGACAUUAGAGCACAUUUGUACAGCAAAGAAUGACCAUUAGGUUGAUUUUAUUGUGAUUUUCUUUUAAACACUCAUGCACACUAAAAUCAGUAACAUGUAUUUCUGAAAGGUUCAAGCAUGUAAAAUACUCCAUAUUUUCACCUUGUUUAAUAUCCUGGGAUCUGCCCAGUAGAAACUGCAUUCUUUAACUGAGGACUCUGUAUCCGUUUCCUUCACAUUUUUACCUCUUGUAGUGCAAUGCAAAAUGUGCCUUGCUGGCUCAUCUAUUGCCCGCAAUGCACUGCGCUCCCACUUAAGGAAUUUUUAUACAAAAAUAUUUGCUGUCAGAAUUCUGAAAAAUAAUUUACUUUUUUUAACUUUUUUUAACGGUUGUGGCCUUUGAAUCUUCUAUUUUAUUUUUUAACAGAACUUGUUUUAAGCAAUUUUUUUAAUUGACGUCUUGUAAAGAAUGUUUUAUCCAAUCAGGAGCAGAGUACAGUAUUUGUCCAAUGUACAUAUCAGACUGUGCUGAGCAACCUUCUAAACACAAACUUGGUUGCAUCACAAAUGUGUUUGGCUUAUUUUUACCCAAAGCUAAAUCCUGUAUGGCAAUGAAUUUACUAAUUGAUCUUACAGCAUCAUUUGUUUUCUAUUGUUUAGUUUCAGUGUCUUUUAAUUUACAUACAAGUUAAUUGGUGCAGGAAAAGGUUUUUCUGUAUUGAUUGAUGUGUCAUUUCAGGACAUCUUUCUCUGUCUCCUUGUUCAGUUUUCUUUAAUAAUUUUUAAUUACUGAAUCAUUUGCACAACAGAGUGCAAUGCCAAGCACACAAGACUGGCAACCUAGUAGCUUGAGGUAUAAAGUCGCCUCCUUGAAAAUUUGAUUGAACUGGGCCACUGAUCAUGCAACACAUAAAAGCUAAAUACUGUCUUUUGGGAUGGAAAUUAUUUUGACAUUGAUUAAUUCAUGCUUCUACUAUCUAGUCAGUUGCAAAGUAGUAUUGCAGUGAACAUGGCAGCUGAAGUACGUUUUAGAAUCCUAUCUUGCACAUAAGGAGUGAAAAUGUAGGGCAAAGUAAGCAGGGGGAGCGGGAUGCUGUAGACAGAGGAGUAGAAGUGAAUUGGUUAACUGGCCUACAAAGUUAACAUUACGUUUUUUUACACAAUUUGACUAGAAUGUAAUUGCAUUGAAUGUGCAUGGGACCAGGAGAUCUCUGUAGGAGCUAGGCACAGUGUCAUUGAAACAGGUACAGAUUGAACUUAGAGUAGAAAAAAAAACUUGCCUCCCAGGUAUGGCCUUAAAGGAUUUUUGAAUCAUCUUCUGUUUCCACUAGUGGAAUACAAUAUGACUGGAACAAUAUUUGCACACAGGCUCAUCAAUUUUAAAUACAUAAGUUAAUUGCUAAGUCAAGAGAGUCUGUUCUGUUACAAGACAGGUGGUAAAUGCAUUUCCUUAUGCAUCAUCUCUGUGAUAGGGUUAACUACCUCAAAUUUCAUGUAGCAUUCCUCUGAACACAUUGUUGAUUUAAUCAAUCUUCUACUUAUCACUUGAAAUGUAACCACAAAAAACAAAUGCACGCUGGAUGAACAAUUCCUGGGAAAACACUGUGGGUCCAAAAGCUUAAUUUAAUAGGUAUUUAUUGUGUGCAUUUCAAGUAAAUAAAGUUCUAUAGAGUGAGAUGUAUAUGACAUGAGAUAAAAAUGCCCUCGUUCUGCUAAAAAUUUGCAAGAACUGCAUAAAAUUAAUUAUCUUCAGAUUCACAGGUAUGUCUUAGAGCGCUGGAAAUCCAGAGGAGUAUUUCACUCUGAAGAAACACAAUCUGCAUUGGACAGUCUCUGAUACCUGUGCCACUGUUCUUCGAACCAUUUCCUGUUGCCAUUCAGUAAGAUUAUACUUGUUCUGAUUUCCUGUUCCUACGUGUCCCCAAUAGUCUUUCAGCCUCUUAGAAUUCAAGAGUGCUACCUACUCAAACCACUGUACCAUUGCCAAAGAUAGUCCUGUGACAUUCCAUCUUGUGAAUCAAUGGGGAAAGAGGUCAUAAUUAAAUCUUUCUGACUUUCCUGUGAAAAGAAGUAAACAGGAUUCUUAAUGGAAAACACCAGCUUUAAUUUGUUAAACUAUAAUCUCAAUCUUUCUUGGUAUUUCCUUGAGAAUAAUGCUCUUAUUUUCAGUGGGUAUUUACCGGCAGAAGAGGUUGACAGAUUACAGAUCUAAAUUAUUUAAGUGUUACAUUCUGUAGCAUCAAAGCAACUAGAAUCUGCUAUAUAUACAGUUCUGUACUCUGUUUAUCUGAAUGGAUUAGAAUGUUUGUGCACUAAGAAGCUGGCCUCCUGGAUUAGCAGAAAUAUCACCACAAAUGUUUAUUUGUGUUAUUGCGACAUUGUGGUCUCUGAAUAUAAAAUGCAACAUAUACACAUUAUCAUCAUUGUAAGGCAAAAAAAAAUUGGAAACAAGAUCCUAUAGGAUUUUGACAGCCAAAUUCAUUGCUGUAAGAUUGAUUGGUAAACUCACGUGAGAUUUCUAGUCUUGUGAAAGUGUUAUUGAAGUGUCACUAUGUAACUACUGUACACACCUAAUUUUAUACAGGAACUGAUUUAUAAAUGAUUUCUAUUGAUUAUCCUUGUAACAGAGCCAAGGACUAACCACCAGCUUCUGCACCUUGUACUGAAAAGAAUUUGUGAAUUUUAGGGUCAUUAUUUGGAGUUACUGAGUUUUUAAAUCUACUUCAAUUGAAUAGGUGCAUGAUAGACACUAACAAUUGCGUGUGUGUAUGUAGCCUUAGUAAUUUAUUUCUUUUUGGAAUCAUUCUCUAAAUUUUACAUUUUUGUAACAAACUGCAAAAUGUUAUUUCCACAUCAGGUUUUGUACAUGGAGUCUCCUGAAAAAAUAAAGAGGAAAACUAGAGUUGA